AAAUUUUACUUUAAAAAGAAAGAUGCCCUUGGAAGGGGUUUUCAUUGAACCCUCUUCUUCCAACCCGGAUCUCUCCCUGCAUAUUAGCCUUCCCGUCGGCGGCGGGAAUGAUCUGUCGGCCGGCAACGUCAAGUCGGCGGCGGCGGCGGCGCAGAUGUACACCGACCUGUCGUUGGCUCGUCCGACAACAACGAAUGACCUAAACGAGGAGAGACAGUUCGUGAGGGGGACAAAACAAGGAGGACAAGGACACCAUCUUCUUGCUGCUUAUCAGACCCAUGGAUUUCAGAGCGGAAAUGAUGGGGUUUCCGGCGACUUAGGGGGGUUGUCGCCGCCUAUCAAGGGAAUUCCCGUGUACCAGAGCCGGGGGUUUCCGUUCUUGGGGUCGGAUCGUCAUCCUAGAUACGCGGAUCCGAAAAUCUGUUUCCACUCCUCGCCAUAUUUUAGCGGCGGAGGAUUGGAUCAUUUGUCGGUCUUGAACAACAACAACGCUACGGCUUCGGCGGCGGCGUACGGUAGUAGUUUAGCGGGAGCGGCGGGGAGGUUCAACGGGCUAUCCUCGCCGUAUCAGUUGCCGCAGCACCACCACCACCAGUACGGCGUAUCAGCAGCUUCCCAUCACCACCACCUCAGCGACGUCGCUCCGCCGUCUCACGGCGGCCUAACCAUGAGAUCAAGAUUUUACCCCAAACUUCCGGCGAAACGCAGCAUGAGAGCCCCCCGAAUGCGCUGGACCUCCACCCUCCACUCCCGCUUCGUCCACGCCGUCGAACUCCUCGGCGGCCAUGAAAGAGCGACUCCGAAAUCAGUACUGGAGCUAAUGGAUGUCAAAGAUCUCACUUUAGCUCAUGUCAAGAGCCAUUUACAGAUGUAUCGAACCGUCAAAACCACAAGUAGUAAACCUGCGGCAUCCUCAGGCCAAUCUGACGGGUCAGGGGAGGAAGAUCAGUCGUCGCUGGGCAGCGCCGGCGGUGAUCGCUCCGGCGUUCACCAAUUCAUGGACCAAAGGGCUUCUCCAUUGCAACCCGAACCCGAAUUCCUCUCUCCCACCGCUCUUUGGGCCAACUCUUCCAGUGGAGAAGGAUUGUUGGAGACUAGUUCAAAUGAAACAAAUGGGAUGAGAUCAUCUUCCUUUCCAAUGCAACAAAGAUCGGAACACCAUCACAUCCAGGAAUGGGAAUCUGAAAGGCCAAAGAGGUGUAUAGGGUCCGGUUGGGAACAAACAAAUCCCAGCUUGGAAUUCACACUAGGCAGACCAGACUGGAUUCAUAAGGAUCAUCACUAAAAACAUCAUUGGUUGGAGCAGCUUUUGUUUUGUUUUUGGUUUUUUUUUGGGGGGUUUUCUGGGGGUUAAGGUUAAUUAUUGGGAUGAGUAUAGAAGGAGAUCAUCAGAUAAUGUUAAGUUGGUUUACAGAAGCAAUGGCCAUCUGCAUGCAUUCUAGCUAGCUAAAUCUCACUCGAGUUAGCAGACAUGAACAUGAUGAUUAUCUGUUGAUGUUUCUGAGGUUUUUCAGGGCUGAAAAACACAAGUUCACACAUUUUCAACAUCAUAGUAACCUCAAAGUUCAUGUUACAUUCUUGAC